AGGUUUUGUUACUGAGGAAAGGAAACCUUGCUUGCUAUAAAAAUCAGCCCAUUUCAGAGCAGACGCAGGACAGAGGAGCAGUGGCAGCUGGACGUGUGGUGGCUGUUUUGCAGUCAGCAGCUGUGAACAUAAAGUUUUGUUUCCGAGGAAAGGAAACCUUUCUUGCUAUAAAAAUCAUCCCAUUUCAGAGCAGACGCAGAGCAGAUAAAGACAUGGACCCCGUGACAGCUGUGUGCAGUGCUGCAGGAGCAGUAGGUGCCGUAGUCGCUGCUCCUGCUCUUCUGGGAGCUGCUGGUUUCACCUCAGCAGGAAUAGCUGCAGGCUCCUACGCUGCAAGCAUGAUGUCUGCAGCUGCUGUGGCCAAUGGAGGAGGAGUGGCAGCAGGAAGUGCAGUGGCUGUUUUGCAGUCAGCAGGUAUGGCAGGUCUGUCUGGGGCCGCCACCGCAGCCGUGGGUACUGUUGGAGGGGCUGUUGGAGGAUUGGUGGCUGCUCUCAUCUGAGACCAGGAAAUUAUGAUAAUCAGAAAGAAAAAAACAAUAAUAGUAAUAAAUGACAUAUUUACUGCUGCCAAUUGGAAACAGUUGCAAUAGUAUCAGCGUCAUGCUUCAGCAAAGCUUGGCUGAAACUUGCUUGCUGGUAAUGCUGUGGUGUUUUAUUACAAAACACAUGGACACGGACAAAUUGUGCAAUUUUAAAUAAAGCCCUAAUAAAAUACUGAAAAACGUUU